CCCCUUCUCCGCCGCCGUCCCCUCCUCGAGCGACGUCGCCAUCCCCUCCUCGACUCCUCGUCGCCGGAAGCCUCACCGACCUCUCCUCCCUCCGUUGUCCGUUCCUCGUCCUCACUGGAAGGGUCAUAUUGAAAUUCUAUACCAGCCUGACGCAUUUAUUAUCGCGUGAAAUUCGGAACCUUCCAAAUUCCACCCCUUUUAACCUGACCCCCCUUCAUUAACAGUUUAACUUUUUCACCCUGGCUGCAUUUUACUGUGCGUGACUGGCGACGUCUCGAAUUCCCCGACAUCCAUGUCUCCAUCCCCACUACUCGCCAUCCUCCUCACAAAACCCUCCUCUGUUCGCUCGAUCGCCGGAAGCCUCCGCCGUGCGCCGCCGCGUGCCGGCGUCGAUGGCCAUGUCCGAUGGGGCGAUCCCCCUCGGCUGUAAACGGGCGAUGGCCGCCAAAUCCCAACCGGCGGAGGCGGCGGAGCUCGUGGGCUCAUCCUCUCCGGCCGUGACGCCGCCGCCGCCUCCGACGGAGACGCGGGCCUCCGACGAUGGCGAUUCGGAGGGCGAUGACGAGGCUGCGACCGACUUUGAGAGAAUCACCGAUCACCAGCUGCAGGAGUCGAUCAAGCGGACGCGCCACUCGCUGGGGCUGUGCGCCAGGCUGCGUGACGGCGGUGUGAAGUUUUUGAGGAGAAUCCGCCGCAUGGAGAAGGAGCUUGAUCGCCGCCGGGCCGCCGGGCUAAGGAAGGGUGUCAUAACUUGGAGGCCGACAGUGAAAUCUCCUAGCCAGGAUGAUUCCCAUGCCUUUAAGGAUGGUGACAAGCUCAACUGGGUAAAUACUUCUAGCAAACACCACCAAAAUGUACCUAUUACUCCUACAACGAAUUAUGGACAGGCUGAGGAUUCAGCAUUUUUCAAAGAACUAAGUUAUUUUGGCCGAGAAAAACACGCAAGCCUUAAGAAAGUUGAGCAAAGCUCAAGAACUACAGUGAGUCAUCAACCGAAAAAUCAUGCAGUUUGUCCAAAGCGAGCUGAUGAUAAACAAUUGCACAUGGACAAUAAGAUUAUUGUCAACAAAAGGAAGUUAGGUUCGAAGAGCUGUCUCAGAAAAAGACCGAAAAACAACUCUUUUGAUUCAAACGGCAUGUAUGAUAAACUACAUACAAAAGAUGUCACUUUGGGGAGAUCAACUAAGAGGUGGGAGCAUACUAAGAAUCACAUCACUGAGUUCAGGGGCCUAUUUGAUUCUAAAGAAAGAAAUAAAAAGAAGGAUGUGGUUCUCUUGGAUGAUGAAGAUAUGGAACCUGCUAAAUCAAUUAAUGUUGAAAUGGCUCAUAAAUGGGAUGAGUCAAAGAUUUACUAUCCUUCAAGGACUGAUCUCGAAACUUUUGAGCUGAUCUGCUCUGAUAUAGAAUGCCUUGAGCCUGAAGAAUAUUUGAAAUCACCUGUUAUAAACUUUUAUAUGCAGUACCUCAGGAAAUCUAGAACAUGUGGAGACUUGUACAUUUUCAAUACAUAUUUCUAUAGCAAACUUGAAGAAGUACUAUCCAGGAUGGGUGACCAUGAUGAUUCACAAUUCAGCAAGUUAAGGAGGUGGUGGAAACAUAUAGAUAUAUUUAGACAACCGUACAUAAUUCUGCCUAUUCAUGGAGAGAUGCACUGGAGCUUGAUAAUUAUCUGCAUGCCUGCAAAAGAAACAGAAUCUGGGCCGAUAAUACUUCACUUGGACUCUCUAGGACUCCAUUCCAGUCGUGAAGUUUUUUAUGUUAUUGAGAGCCUUCUCCAUGAAUUUCAUUGCAGCUUCCUCAUAGCAGAAUGGCAACAUCUACAGAAUGAUUCUUCUUAUACUAUCCCCUUUUCAGGGAGAAUAUGGAAUCAUCUAUCAAAAAAUAUAAACAAGGAAAAAGUUCAGGUGCCAAGUCAGCGUAAUAAGUAUGACUGUGGUAUCUUUAUGCUUCAUUACAUUGAGAGGUUUAUUCAAGAGGCACCAGAGAGGCUGACAAGAGAGAACCUUUGCAUGUUUGGACGGAAAUGGUUCGAUCCCAAGGAAACUUCUGGGCUGCGGGACAGAAUUCGGGCACUAAUGUUUGAUGCAUUUGAGAGUGCUCGGAUGGAUGAUGAAUCGUCGCAGUCCGAGUCACAUUCUGAUGAUCAAUCUGGAGAUGAAGAUAAAGACAGGGAUGGAGUCAUGGUUGUGGUGAUUGACUAACGAUGGAUGAAUGGCACCUAGCUUUACAUUAUGUGAUGGUACAGUUUCAGGCUUUCAGCAAUAUCGGCUCUCAAAUGUCACGCUGUUUAUUAGCUGAAAAAUGUCUGUGCUGCUCUGGAGACUGUACUAGAAAAGGAUGCGCCAGUGGUGCUUAGCGAUGCAAUUAUAAAGUACUACACAACGCACAUUUCUUGUAGCCUGGUAGUUUAUGGGGUUUCAAGAUGAAAGUUUAGCGUUUAGGAGAUGUACUUUUGUGCAUAUUGAUAGGAGGGGGAUCGAAACCCCGUGCCUAAACGCCUUCUGUA